UUGUUUAUUUAAUUUACAUUUGUUUUUUAAGUUUUGUUGAAUCGAAUUUUAGCGUUCAGUUAGUUUUUGUGAAUCGGAAACGGAUGAAUUUCUGUGCUAAUUUGAGUUACGUUUUGAUUGAAUAUUACUUUUGAAGUUCAAAAGCUGUUUAUUGAAGAUAUUGGAACAGGAAUUUUGUAGAAAAUUGCAUGUAUAUGGUAACAGCCUCCCGCUCACGGUGACAAAAUGAUAAAUGUCAAAUUUAUCUUUGAUUUUUCAUAAAACAAAUGGAGCCUGAAUGUAUCCGGUUUAUUCAAUAAUUCUUUAAUAUCUGGAAAUUCCCAACUUUCCGGGUGCGAUAAAAAAUAUUUCCCUUUUUUCUUGAAAUAUCAUUUACUUUUCUUGGCUUUAAUUUCAUUUUGGAUUUUUGUCUGGACUUCUCCAAUAUUUUCCUGGACAACUCCCAAUUUUGAAUAUAUUUGAGUUUGAAUAUAUCUGAGGCUGAAUGCUAUUUCCAAAUGCCAUUUUUGUGACUGUGCUUCCCACUGAUCAGUGCUAAGGAGUUAAAUAGAUGAUUUUUGUUAAACUACAAGGGAUAGGAGAAGAGAAUUGCUAUAUACUGCACCCCUAUGAUAACCCAAACACUCAAAUUACAAUGAUGCCCUCACAUAAUCUUUAACACUCCCCCUUAAGCUGGAGGUUGGAGCAUAGGAAAUUUUAAUGCUUAUCUUGGAACCAAAUGAUAGAAACAGAUUUUUUGAAAUGCCCUUAGUAAAUAGGUCUCCAAGUUGGUCUUUUGAUCUAAAAUAUUGAAGUGGAUUGUUUCUCAUCACAACUCCUUGAAUGAUAUGGCAAUCCAUUUCAAUAUGUUUAUUUGCUCACAAAACCUAGGACUACUUGCAAUAUAUGUAGAUGCUUGACCAUCAAACAGCAUAAUCAUAGGGUUUUAGUUUCAAGACCUAGUUAUUUCAUAACACUUUGUAUUCACAUGAGCUAUAGCACAAUGCUGGGCCUCAACACUAGAUCUGGUCAUAGCAUUUUGCUUCUUACUUUUCUAGGUUACCAAAUUACCUCACAAAAAAGUGUAAUAUGCACUAACAGAUUGCCUGUCAGGUUCAGAAUCGACCUAAUGAGCAUCUGAAGAAUUGAAAAUAUCAAGUUCGGUAUGCUUCUUAUACAAAAUAUCCACUCCAACUGUUCCUUUUAGCUAUUGGAGGUUUCAUCAUUGUUGAGAUGCUGUUUAGCUCUAGUCUUCUUGCCAUUGUUGGAGCUGGUGAGCAGCCAUCUUUAUCCCCACGCCGUCUCUGUUUGUUCAACACUACAACUGGAGCUGCCCUCCGAGAACUAAAUUUUUUAACUUCUGUCCUUGCCAUUCGUCUAAAUAGGAAAAGACUUGUUGUAGUGUUGCAAGAAAAGACAUACAUUUAUGAUCUAAAUAGCCUCUCUAUCUUGGACACUAUAGAUACUGUGCCGAAUUCAAAAGGACUUUGUGCAUUCUCCCCUAGUUUGGAUGGUUGCUUUUUGGCUCUUCCAGCAAGCACAACCAGAGGAUCUGUGUUAGUGUACAACGUUAUGGAGCUCCAUUCACAUUGUGAGAUAGAUGCUCACCGCUCACCACUGGCUGCAAUUGUCUUCUCUCCCAAUGGGAUGUACAUAGCAACAGCAUCUGAGCAGGGAACCAUAAUCAGAGUUCAUCUCAUUUCAGAGGCAACUAAGCAGUCUUACAGUUUUAGAAGGGGGGCAUACCCUUCCACUAUAUUUUCCUUGUCAUUUGGGCCAUCUACACAAUUUCCUGAUGUACUUGUAGCCACAAGUUCUUCAGGCUCUGUUCAUGCUUUCUCUCUGGGACUUGGCAUGAAUCAAAGAAGCAGAAGAUCAAGUAGUUUCUUUGGAUCUAUUAUACCCGACUCUGUAAAUGAUGUGUUGGAUCCAGCUCAUCAUGUACUUCACAAUGUUGUGCCUGCAGGAGUUAAAAGUUAUGCGGUGAUUCGCAAGGUUGACAGAGUUCCAGGCACAUCUAUAUCUGAAUCUGUAGCUUACAGGGCUACUGUGUCUAUUAUCACCCACAGCGGGUCCUUCCAGGAAUACACCUUAAUUAUCAACCAAAAAAAUGAGUCAUCAUGGCGUUUGGAGCGCCGAUUCGACCUCUUAACAGCAAUUUCAGAUAACAUCAUCAGUUCAUGAUGAUUUAGAAUUUGCAUUACAUCUGAUCUUGGAGCCAGUUGAAGUGCAUGAUGAUAUUGCAACCUGCUAGCGCAGGUUGAGGAUGUUUGCAGCUUGUAUUUCUAUUGUUUCCAAGGUUUCAGAUCCGAGAAAACAGGUUGCAGAAAAAGCUAUGUGAAGAUAACAUUAUAAUGCAGUUGGAUUGAUCAGCAGACAGCGAAGACUCAAAAUAGAGGUGGCUUCAAAAUAUUGCUGUAAAUUAAGCUAGGCUUGUGACCCUCAAUUUAGUAUAUAACAUGAUUUAAGAUGGUCACUGGCUGCAGCUCCCUACAUAAUAUGGAUUGGGAAGGCUUGUAAGUUAAAACCACGAAAUAUAGGGUGCAUGUAUGUAUCAUAAUUCGGUUGGUUCUAAUGUUAAUAUCUGUUUGCUCCAA